ACAAAUCACCGUCGACAGCGCAAAAAGAAAAAAAAAAAAAAAAAGAGGGCAAAGCAAAGAACCAUCAAGUCCGAGAAAGAGCGGUGGAGCCGGGAGAAAAGAGGGAGCUAUGCCAUCUCCCGCCGAGCAGAGCCCAGUCCUCCUCUGUUGUGUGUCGGAGCUGCAGCAUGGUGUCUCUCCCCGGACUCUGGACCUACUGCCUCGCCCCGGGGAGACCUCAUCUCCUCUUCCUCUCUGCCAGACCGUUCCUACUUCUCCUCCUCUUGACCGUCUUCACCUCCUCCCCGGAGCCCUGCUUCCCACACCCGCAGCCCUGCCACAUCCUCGCCCGGAUCGGACACACCGUGCGUCUCGGUGCGCUCUUACCGACCCGUCAGCCGGCACGGAUACAAAACGCGCUCAACCGCGCCCUGGCUAGCCUCCGGCACCAGAGCGGAGCGGCUGACUCCUCCACCACCACCUCCUCCUCGUCCUCCUCCCAAACGCCCCCUCUACUGCCCUACAACCUGAGCCUGGAGAUGGUGGCUCGGUCGCCCUCGGGAGGAGACCCGGAGUCGUUGUCCCGGAGCGCCUGCCAGGACCUGGUGGUCAGAGGGGUGUCCGCUGUGCUCGCUUUCCCGCGCUCCAGGGAGGAGCUCAUCCAGGUGGAGUUCAUCUCGUCUUUCCUGGAAAUCCCCUUCGUCUCCAUCCUGGAGGACACAGAGCCGCUUGUGACUAAGAACCGAUUCCACCUGCAGAUGUCGGCCCGCGUGCCUCCAUCCACCCUGGGCAGUCUGCUGCUGGCGGUCCUGCAGGGGAAAGACGGAGACAGGGAAAGAGGAAGCCGGGGGGAGGACAGCUGGGGAGGAGCAGCUGUGAUUUGCCCUGGGUGGGAGGAAGGAGGUGAUGGAUUGCUGUCUCAUCUGCAGAAGCACAGCGGUUCUUCAUGGCAUUUAUGGGAUAUCAUCAACUUGACCCGCAUCUCUGGGGGUGGGGAUAGACGAGGGGACGCCAGCGAGGAGCGGAGGGAGGAUCAGAGGGAAGAGGAGGCUUUGAAGAUUCUCUCAACCCGUUUUCUGCGCUCACCCUCUCCUAUCUCCUCUGUUCUCCUCUUGGGAUCUGACCCAGAGUGUCUCUCCUCUGUCCUGCGGGCCGCUCAGCGCCUCGCUCCAUCGUUACCAGCACUGCAGUGGAUUAUGGGAUAUCCCUUGUCUCCGGAUUCACUCCACACUCUUGGAGGUCCCCUUGGACUGCUGGCCUACGGGGAGGUCGGACGUAAGCCAAUCAGCUUCUACAUAAGGGAUGCUUUGCAGUUGAUUGGUCGUGCAGUCACUGCGGCGACCAUGGUGAGGCCGGACUUGGCACUGAUUCAGAACAUGGUGAACUGUUACGACAAACCAAACCGGCAUGAGCUGCCCUCUUCAGGACAAUAUCUGGCCAGGUUUCUUUCCAACACUUCCUUCACUGGGGCCACAGGCCUGAUCCAGGUGGAUGCCGGCCUGUCUCGGGUGUCCUCCUCCCAGCUGUUCCAUGUUUGGAGCCUAAAGAGGGGAGCUCUUGGUCAGCCAGCGUGGGUGACUGUAGGCCAGUGGACACGUGGCCGCUUGGAGUUAGAAGGAGGGAUCCUGGGACUUGUCGGAGGCUUCCGGAGCAGCCACGGACAAGGUCUUGGAGCUGGGGUGAGGGGAGGGGACGGACAAGGGGAAGGUAACAUUGGAGGGCGGUGGAGGCCAGGGUUUUCUGUUGAGGGACACCGCCUAAGGGUGGUGACACUAGUGGAACAUCCGUUUGUCUUCACACGGGAGGUGGAUGAGGACGGGUUGUGUCCAGCAGGUCAAAUGUGCUUGGACCCAAAAACCAACAGGUCUGACAUAAUCCAAGGCCUCUUCAACCAGCUGCACAACCCAAACUCUACGGCUCCAGAAUGGGAAGGCAUUGACCUACCAGAGGACCUGAGGAAAUGCUGCUAUGGGUACUGCAUUGACUUACUGGAGAAACUUGCAGAGGACAUGGGAUUUACUUUUGACCUUUACAUUGUUGGGGACGGAAAGUACGGAGCAUUAAGCGGGACGGGACGUUGGACAGGGCUGGUUGGGGACCUUCUGAGUGGCACCGCUGACAUGGCCGUCACCUCUUUCUCCAUCAACUCUGCCAGGAGCAGAGUCAUCGAUUUUACCUCGCCCUUCUACUCCACAAGCCUGGGCAUUCUGGUUCGUAGCAAAGACACUGCAGCGCCUAUUGGAGCCUUCAUGUGGCCUCUACACUGGUCCAUGUGGGUGGGUAUUUUCGUCACGCUCCAUCUCACUGCGCUCUUCCUCACCUUGUACGAGUGGAACAGCCCCUUCGGCAUGACACCCCAUGGCAGGAACAGGCUGCGAGUUUUCUCCUACUCCUCCGCCCUCAAUCUCUGCUACGCCAUACUGUUUGGGCGUACUGUCGCCACCAAGACUCCUAAAUGCUGGACUGGGCGUUUCCUGAUGAACCUCUGGGCCAUUUUCUGCUUACUGGUGUUGUCCAGCUACACAGCCAACCUAGCUGCUGUCAUGGUGGGGGAAAAGACCUUCGAGCAGGUCUCAGGCAUUCAUGACGACAAGCUGCACCACCCCUCCUUGGGCUUCCGUUUUGGGACGGUGCGGGAGAGCAGCGCGGAGGAUUACAUGAAGAAGAGUUUCCCAGAGAUGCAUGACUACAUGAGACGCUUCAACCAGCCUACGACCCCGGAAGGCGUGCACAUGUUAAAGACAGAUCCUCCUACCCUGGAUGCCUUCAUCAUGGACAAAGCUCUGUUGGACUUUGAGGUCUCUAUCGAUGCAGACUGCAAGCUGCUCACCGUGGGGAAGCCGUUCGCUAUUGAAGGGUAUGGUAUCGGCCUGCCACAGGGCUCUCCUCUAACCCGUAACGUGUCGGAGUUCGUGAGCCGCUACAAGUCUGAUGGCUUCAUGGACAUGCUACAUGACAAAUGGUAUAAGGUGGUGCCUUGCGGGAAACGAGUCUUUGCCGUCACCGAGACUCUACAGAUGGGGAUCCAGCAUUUCUCCGGCCUGUUCGUGCUGCUGUGUAUGGGGGUGGGCGGAGCCCUGCUGACCUUGGCAGGUGAACACACUUUCUAUCACCUGGUCAUCCCCCGCCUCCGGCGCUCGCACACGCUGCAGUACUGGCUGCACACCAGCCAAAAAAUUCAUCGAGCUCUCCACACAACGUAUGAGGACGUCGGGAAGGAGCUGAGUGGCCUUGACGAAAACCCCUCCUCCUGUAUUUCAGAGAACUGCACCCUCCACAGGAAACAGCAUCACCCUCCUGCCCCGUCUCCCCCCACCUCCCCCAAUGCUUCCACCACAGCUGGAGACACCAACAACUCCUCCCCAUCGCAUGAGCCCAAGGAGAAGCGUGUGCACUUUGACCUGGAGACCUUACACAGCUACCGCCUACGCACCCACACCGCCUCUGUGCGCGGCAGGCCCGGCAUGGUGGGCCGACCCGGGCUGGGUUUGGGAGGGUUGGGGCUCGGCGGCCUGGGGAGUUUCACCUCUCCUCCACAGAUCAGCCUGCAUGCUAAUGGGGGUCCGGUUUCUACACUGGCAUCCUCAGGUUUGGUGCUCUCCCCCCUGGGGAACAGAGCAGCUCAGACCAGCAUGUGGGAGGGGGAGCUCCAGGACCUGCAGGGGAAGAUCGAGACGUUCAGGACCCAGCUAAGGGAGGCUCUGGCGAGGAGGGCGGAGAUCCAGAGCAGCCUGGAGAGGGAGAGGAGCGGGCUUGUACGAAGGGACACGAGUCUAGAGAGGGAGCGAGAUCGACAGAGGAUACAAACAAUAAACACGGACAGAAGCAGCUUGGCUCAGUCCAAACUCCCCGAGAGGGACAGGACGAGCAAACUGCAAACCCUGAACAAUCAGCAGGCAGCGAGGGCCAACCAAUCAGGCGCUCCAGGAAGUCUGGAGCACGGCAGGAGCAGCCAAUUAAACACAGUUAACAGUUUGGACAGAGGCAGAGCCAACCAAUUACGCUCCGUGAACACUCUGGCAGGAGAAAGGACUGUCCAUUCACGCACUUCCACUAGUUUGGAGAGGAGUCGAGUCAACCAAGCAGGGGCUGGGAACGUUACCGCCCAAUCACGGAACACUUCCAGCCUGGACAGGCAGAAGGCCAACCUGUCGAGCACGCUGAACACUUUGGAGAGGACAAAAGCCAACCAAUCAGGUGUAAGCAGCGGGACUUGAAUGUCUUUAGGAGGAAGUGGAUGUGCAGGACUUACAGGUGGUGCUCACAUAGCCGUGGGAAGAUGGCUUUGUUGUAUGUUUAGGGCACGCUUGCUGUUUAAACACAACAUGUGGUAACUCACUCAAUGCAAACUCAUGAUUUUUACCCUCCACAAUUACUCAGAAUCUCAACAAAGAAACCUUAAACAGCAAUCAAAGAAUGAGGGAAAGUCUACCAUCCGUGAAAUCACAAAGAGCAAUCUAAUCUUUGGAAUAACAGCCCAUAAAAUUCCUGUGAAAUCUCAGUAAACUUUCCAAUUAUCCAGGCAAACAAAGCCCAAAUCAUGGUGCUUAUUUCAAAAACAAGUAAUUCAUAUGAGGCGCCAUCAACCACAAAUGAAAGCUGAUUAAAAGCACGGCCUCUGAGAGUGUCUGAAGAGGCCCAAAGGCGCAGAGAGAAAUCUGCCACAAGAGCACAGAACAGUCAAAGUUAUCCAAAUGUAAAAAGACAGAAACAAAUCCUCAUUUAAGAAUGCACAUGCAUCAUCAGGGUGAACAGAGUGAUGGUGGCUGAAGAUGCAAAAAAAAAUAAAAAAAGAACACUUAUGUUUGAAGUAUUGCAAGUAAUAAUUUCCCAAAAAUGUGAAUAAUGAAGAAUCAACUAUGAGGAAAGAUUGGUGCAGCCCUGAGUCAAAGACCACUUUUAUUGCAUUCAUAUCUUUAUUCGUUGAGCAUAUCUCCCCUGUCAUUGUCUAACUUCUAUGUCAUAAAUGCUUUUUUUGAUAAAUCUGUAGCAAAACCCCAGCCUUGACAUGUAUCAAACCUACAAAACAGAUGUCUUGCAAACUGAGCCAUUCCUUUGGUGCCUCUGAAGUUCCAAAAAGGGAUUUUUUUUACCUUGUAAACACAAGUUACUCUCCCGUGCUGACAAGUGGAAUGAUACAAUUGGAUAGUAAAGGCCAGGUUAGGCUUUUCACACACUAGACCAGGGGUUCUCAAACUUUUCAUCCUAAAACCACUAAAAUAAAGGUGCCAGAGACCAGGGACCCCCACUGUACCUGAGGGUGGUAAAAGCAUAGCUGAACACAGCCAGGCAAAUUCAGGAAUAGUCAUGUGCAGACUUAAAUUUUAAGAAUUUUUUUGAAACAUGACUUUGAUUAGAGUGCAAAUCUCAUCAAAUUACCAUGUUUUUAUUUGAAAAAUAUUCUUUAUUUUUUGGAAGGCAUUUGACGAUCCCCUCUCAGUGUUCUGUGAUCCCCAAGAGGGUCCCAACCCCCACAACUUUAAAGGGAUAUUUCAGGAUUUUUGAAGUUGGGUCAUACGAGGUACUUGGCUAUUAUCAUCCAGUGAUUUUGUGAAAGUUGAUCCUUACGAGAUCAGAGAGCAUCGCGGCAUAGUGGCUGUAAAUAAGACAAGACAUAACAAGUUUCACAUAAAAAUGGGUUUCAGGAACUAAUUUACGAUGCAGUUUUCGGCAUUUUAUCUCCUUCCGCCACCGUGCACUGUUAUUCUCUGAUCAGCUGUGUGGGUCUGCGGACUUCUACAGGGAUAAUAACACCAUACCAAGCUAAAACAAAGAUAGCAUGAGCAAAUUCAACUCAAGUGAUGAUGAUGUACUGUUUACUGUGGAUAUGAGAGGAUAUUUGUAUGAACUGGAGUACUCCGAAGAAGAACUUAUACAGAUGGAGAGUCAGCAGGCUGAAAAAGAGAGCAGAGAAACUUAAUUUGAAAUUUUGAGCAGGAGAGAUCCCAAGUUACCUGGUGGUGUAGGUGUGGAAAAUGCUCAGCGAAAAAAAAAAAUGCGAAGCCAUGCUCAGGAAAAGUCACAGGAGUUCCAGGCUCGCUGAAAAUGCUGCCGCAAGGAAUUCAAAGGUAAACUUAACUUUUGAUAAACUGUGUCACUUCUUGUCGUGUACGUCUGCGCCAAUCUGGAAUGCAUUUUAACAAUCACAUUCUGAGAAAAAAUGUCAUGCAGCCACCACUCUUUGCUGUUGCAAUGGGUCCUUAAGUUCUUCUUCUUUGCAUGCAGUGCUUUCCGGCAGCGAAGAAGAAUAGAUUUCCAGUUAAUAGCGCUAACAUUUAGCAUGGCUAAAUGAAGCAAAAUAAAAUUAAACCAAACAGAGUCGGAUCGGUGCAUAAACUUGCAUACCAAUACCUGCAUUCUAGGCAGUAUGGGACAUAUUUCUGAUACUGGUAUCAGAACCGGAACAAUUCCAAUUUCAAAGGCAUCCCUGAUGAUGCCAGAAGGCACCACAGCUGCUUGAAAAAGCCUGUUCUGACUUGUUGACAUCAGAUAGUAACUUGUUUGCACAAUAUAAAAUUCUCCCUUUUUGGGACUUCAGAGGCUUCGUAAUCCUAAAUCAGUGCAUUUUGCUGGCAACUUUCUUUUAUCUCUAUGAUGGGUUAAUGUGACUCCAGUGUUGCUAUAAAAGUAAACCAGAUAUGACUAUCAGUCAGACUGUUCCAACUGUAGUUCGAUGUUUUCUGUGGCUCAAAAAAUUAAAUUGAUGUAAGUGAUAGGUGACCACAAAAUAUCUUCUAAGAAAACAUAGUGGUUGUUGGAUUAAUGCUUUUGCAAUGUUUAAGUAUUUUUUUAACUGGGAAAUAUUGUGAAAUUAAGGAUGAAGUUAUUUUAAAGUGGGACCCAUAUUAGUUCUGACCACCCACACCCUGUUCCAUUUGUUACUUGUGCAUCCUACAAAUUUAUGCAAUACCAAAUCACUGCAAUACCCCUUUAAUUCAAAGACCUGCACUUUUUUAGGAUUUAUGUCUUUGGUGCAGAUCCAUCAUCUUAAUUUUGGGAUGGACAUAUUGUGUGCAUUUGCUGCAGCAUAGAUCAGACUUGUCUUUGUGGGUGUCAUGGCUUAAACAUUUCCUGUCUUUCAAACAGUGCUUUCGUUUCGUUUAGUCUUGUUGGUAUUUCAUGCAUGGAGAAAUGAAAAACGGCUGAACAGAAGUUUGAUUUCAAAGUCUCAAAUUCCCAAACAAGCGGUUCUGUAUCUGCUUGGAUUAUUGUCUGCAAUAUUCACCACUGAGGGAGUUUCUCAUUAACCUGCUGACGUGCAGAUCUAACACCCAGGCUGUCUGCAUGGAUCCACACUGUAAGAAUGUUUACACUUCACUAUCGCUGCAGAUCUGUGUGAGCGCUGUUGAAUGAGGAUUUCUGUUGUUUAUCAUGAAUGAUUACUGAAACAGACUUUUACACCUUUUCCACUCUGAUCAUAUUUUUGCUUUCUAUCAGAACAGAGUGGAGUAUGUUUAAUACCUGAUCAGUGGAUCAGUAAGUGUAUGCAGAGGCUGACUGGAUUGGACUUUUAUUCAGUUGGUCCAGCAGAGGGCGCCACAGCCCUGCUUCCCGCGGCUAUGACAAAGGAGCGUUCACGGACUGAGGUUUUCUUCAAACACUGACACUGUUAUCACAGAAACAGAACUUCUAUGGGGGUACUGGUGUACAUUUAAACGUUUCGCUGUGGUGUGAAGUGGUCGUGUUCACAUGCCAUGGUGUCUGAGGAAAAAAAAAAGUCUAUUUUAUUUUAUUCUUCAAAGAGAAAGAGCUUGUGGUACUGGAUAUAUAAACAAAUA